AUGUCUCUUCCUGAACGGCCGGGCGCAAGUCAGGCCUACAAUCAGCGCAGUGUUUACCGCAACUCACCAUCGCGACGCUCGAGGCCAGUCGACAUCGAGACUGGCGGUUAUCAUGCAGUAGACAACCAGGCUUCACACCAACGUGGGAAAUCCGGUUCCUCCUUCGCUGAAUCUAUCGGUAUUAAUUCGAAUACAGAGAGCAUGCCUCUGUCGCCCACAUCCCCCGAUGGCCAGUCGCGCCGCGCCGGUCUAGAACAGCCCAUUUCUCGGAAAAGAAGUUUGAUUCGUCCUGAGAGAAACAGAAUUGAUAGAGACCACCGGAACUACCACUACCACAAGCACGCUGCUCAUAUGAAUGUCCUGCCGUCUUCAACAGGAAACGACCCCAUAUAUGAGGACUUUGAAGCGUCAACAGAGCGGACCAACUCGAACUACAACGAGGGCGGCUCUGACGGUUCUCCACGACAAAGGCGAACUGUUAGUGGCGACCACGAGAAGAGUGCUGCUGUUGCAUCCACUGUUCCUACACCAGAUCGCACAAAGUCAGGUAAGAUAAAGAGAAAAUCGAGGCGCCAUUCGAAACCGCCCAAGCGAAUCGAGGAGCAGCUUCGGCCGCCUACUUUCUGGAAUGUCUACUGUGCAAUCGUCACCUUUUGGGCCCCUGGCUUCAUCAUGAAGUGCUGUGGUAUGCCAACAAGGGCGCAACAGCGAGCUUGGCGUGAAAAGAUGGGUCUCAUCAGUAUCAUCCUCAUCAUUAUGGCCAUUGUCGGGUUUCUCACUUUCGGAUUCACCGCCACCGUUUGUGGUGCUCCUCAGGAGCGAUUGCGCGUCAACAAGGUUGACGGCGGUAACAUGAUCUUCCAUGGUGUUGCCUACGACUUGUCCGAAUCGCAUCAUCCUCCAGCACAGGGUAUGCCCCUUCGGGGCGACGGGUUGGGCCCCAAUGUUCUUUACGAUCUCCCAGAGAAGAACGCGGGCAAGGAUGGUAGCUUUUUGUUCCAGAACGUCAACGGCCGAUGCAAGGGCCUGAUUACACUUGCUAAAGGCUCGGAUGUCCCUACAAAUGACGACGGCGAUCUGGCUUGGUACUUCCCUUGCAAAACCUUUAAUCAGGACGGCUCAAGCAAGGUUAACACGACCACACCCUAUUAUUCUGGUUAUGGUUGCCACACGACCCUCGACUCUCGAAACGCAUUCUAUCUCGACCUGAAGGGUGCUGCAGAUGUGUAUUUCACCUGGGAUGACAUCAAGAACAACUCUCGCAACCUCAUCGUUUACUCUGGCAACGUCCUGGAUCUCGAUCUUCUCAAAUGGUUCAACUCAACUCAGGUUGACAUUCCCAAGCGUUUUACAGAGCUCCGAGACAAGAACUCGCCGGUCAACAAAGCUAUUCGGGGCCGCGAUGUCACUCGCAUGUUCCAGUCUUCCUCAGACAAGAAGUAUGCGCAGUGUUUCGAGGAGAUUAUCAAGGUUGGAUCUGUCGAUACCGAGACAAUCGGAUGCAUUGCUUCCAAGAUUGUUCUUUACUGCGCGCUAGCUCUUAUUCUCUCAGUUGUUGGUGUUAGGUUUUUCUUGGCCAUCAUCUUCCAAUGGUUCAUUUGCCGCAAGUAUGCGCCAACCAAGACGUCUCAGAGCUCCGACCGCAGAAAGCGCAACAAGCAGAUUGAAGAUUGGUCAGAGGAUAUUUACCGCGCCCCUAUUAGAUUGCCUGGUGAUGUCGGAAGCACUGUUUACGGCUCGUCGGACCGAAGUAGCAAACGCGCAUCGUUUCUCCCUACCACCUCUCGAUUCUCAUCUGUUGGUGGUCCCGAUAUCAGGUCGCAAGGCGGGCGACGCAUGCCAACAACCAUGGCCAGCCAAAGUACCUCAAACCAACUACUCACGCCAAACUCCAUGUUCAAGCAGGGCAAUGAUAGCCGUGCCAGCUUCCUUCGCACCGACCCCUAUUCAAGCACACCUACCGAUGGUCCCGGCCCUGCUGGCUUCAUUCAUGAUGCCGUGGUUCCUCAGCCUCCCUCUGACUGGAUGCCUUUUGGUUUCCCAUUGGCUCAUACGAUGUGCCUGGUUACUGCGUACUCUGAAGGAGAAGAAGGUAUCCGAACUACUCUGGACUCCAUUGCAACUACCGAUUAUCCCAACAGCCACAAGGUCAUCGUCGUUAUUUGCGAUGGUAUCAUCAAGGGCCAAGGCGAGACCAUGUCGACGCCGGAUGUCUGCUUGGGUAUGCUGAAGGACCACUCCAUUCCUCCCGACAUGGUUGAGCCGUUCUCAUACGUGGCUGUUGCCAGUGGUUCCAAGCGACACAACAUGGCCAAGAUCUAUUGUGGUUUCUAUGACUAUGGCAAGAACUCUCGCAUCCCUGCUGAUCGUCAACAACGCGUGCCCAUGAUGGUUGUUGUCAAGUGUGGAACUCCCGACGAAGCCUCCAAGUCGAAGCCUGGUAACCGUGGAAAGAGAGACAGUCAGAUCAUUCUCAUGUCUUUCCUUCAAAAGGUCAUGUUUGAUGAACGAAUGACAGAACUCGAGUACGAAAUGUUCAACGGUUUAUGGAAGGUGACUGGCAUCUCGCCAGACUAUUACGAAAUUAUCCUCAUGGUUGAUGCCGACACAAAGGUAUUCCCGGACAGUUUGACUCACAUGAUUUCUGCUAUGGUCAAGGAUCCUGAGAUCAUGGGUCUUUGCGGUGAAACCAAGAUUGCCAACAAACGAGACAGCUGGGUCACAGCCAUUCAAGUGUUUGAGUACUUUGUCUCCCAUCAUCUUGCCAAGUCUUUCGAAUCUGUCUUUGGUGGUGUUACUUGCUUGCCCGGCUGUUUCUGUAUGUAUCGCAUCAAGGCCCCCAAGGGUGGCCACAACUACUGGGUUCCCAUCCUGGCCAACCCCGACAUUGUCGAGCAUUACUCCGAGAACGUGGUUGAGACCUUGCACGAGAAGAAUUUGUAUCUCCUGGGUGAGGAUCGCUUCCUGACAACUCUGAUGCUCCGAACAUUCCCCAAGCGAAAGCAGGUAUUCAUUCCACAGGCCGUGUGUAAAACAACUGUCCCCGAUGAGUUCAUGGUUCUUCUUUCUCAAAGACGCCGAUGGAUCAACUCGACUAUUCACAACCUCAUGGAACUGGUUCUGGUCCGUGAUCUUUGCGGCACCUUUUGCUUCUCUAUGCAGUUCAUCAUUUUUGUCGAACUGGUUGGUACUCUGGUCCUACCCGCUGCCAUUGCGUUCACUUUCUAUGUUGUUAUCACCUCGAUCAUCAACUCACCACCCCAAAUCAUUCCUCUUGUACUUCUGGGCCUGAUUCUUGGCCUGCCUGGUCUACUCGUUAUCGUCACAGCCCACUCGUGGUCUUACAUCGUGUGGAUGCUGAUCUACCUGCUUGCAUUGCCAAUCUGGAACUUUGUCCUACCGACUUAUGCAUUCUGGAAGUUCGAUGACUUUUCCUGGGGUGAAACCCGAAAGACAGCUGGCGAGAAGACCAAGAAGGCUGGUCUUGAAUACGAGGGUGAAUUUGACAGCAGCAAAAUCACUAUGAAGCGAUGGGCCGAAUUUGAGCGCGACAAGCGGUCAAGAAGCGGCUACUGGGGCUCGCGCGAAAACGUGAUCGGUGGUGGUGGACAAACCUGGACAAGCCCUCCAGGCCACCAGUAUAAUGAGGAGUAUUACUCUGAUGCUUAA